GGACUGAAGGUCUGAAAACCUGGUUUCUCUUCAUUUGAUGCUACAAGUAACCUGAGGAUGUGGCAGCGGACUCAGUCUCUCUGUCUUAUUCUGUCCGUGACCAUCACAGGGUCUCUCUCAGUUUCUUGGAACAUGGUGGUCUCUCCAGUGGUCACUGUCUCCAGAGGAGAGGACGCCGUCCUCAGCUGCUCCUUCACUCAUCCCAGGCAGCGGGACUACUCAGGGCUCAUCGCCGUUAAGUGGCUGGCUAGAGAACGAAACGCUUCGCCAUUCCUCGCGUGUUCGGUCCGAAAUGACUCGAUGGAGGGUGGCAGCUGUUCAUCCUCUGCACUGAAACAUUCCCUGGAUGGAGAUCCUCGGCGGGGGGAGCUGUCCCUUCUCAUCAGGAAGGUACAGCUGAAUGAUGAAGGUGUAUACUUCUGUCGAGUGGAGCUGGACAACCGCUAUGACCAGAAAAGGACAGAGCUCCGUGUCACAGCUGAACCUCAGAUCCUGAGUCUCUCUGUGGUGGAGACGUCCUCUGACAGCGCCCCCCGGAGGCUGCAGUGUGAGGUGGAGGGCCACCCACUGCCCAAGACUGUCUGGCUGUCGGCCUCCAGGAGACUGAUAGACGACCGGGGCCGGACCGAUCAGUCCGGUCCGUACCGACAGAUCAGCUCUGUGCCGUACCUGGAGGAGGAGGUGUUGACCUGCAGGGCGGAGAACACGGUGGGCCAAGCAGAGAGGACGUAUCCACCCAGUCCACCCAGUCCACCCAGUCCAUCCAGUCCACCCAGUAAUACUCUGAUGAUAACACUGGUGGUGUGUGGCCUCAUCCUGCUGCUGCUGCUGCUGUCUGCUGGAGUCACUGUUGGCUGCCUGAGGAGCAGAGGUGAGCUGCUGCCAGAGAACAUGGUAAAGCCACAGCUGUGUGGUGGAGCAGAAGAAGGAAGCAGCAUCGCUGAUACAGCUCGAGACGACGCUUCCCCUGUUUACUCUGCUGUGGGGAAGAGACGUGGACUGCGAGCCUCUGUCCCUCCGGCCGGCGCUGACACUGACGUUCAUGUGUUUUACACAGCCGUCACACUGACCAGCUCCACCACCUCUCGGACCGAGCCUGCUCCGCUGUACGAGAACGCUGAGUGGAAUCAACCCGAGCGAACAAAGUUUACACUCUGAUGCUGUAACUGAGCCACUGUGAAGGGAACAGUGUGAGAAGUUAGAGGGAAACAGCGUCACGUUGGAGGAGAGACAUGCCUCUUCCUGUUUCCCCUUUAAUGCUUCAAAAACUUCUAAAAGAGGAACCAGUGAACAUGUUUUUCCUUCUGCUGAGUAUCUGACGAAGCAGCUCGAAUAUUUCACCAUCACUGCACCAGCAUCAUACAGUUUGUUGUAUUUAUGACAAAUGUUUGAAACUAUUUCCUUCUCUUGUCUUGUUGCAUGUUCACAGUCCCUCUGGUCUAUUUUCUGAGGCCUGUUCAGUAAUCCAUCCAUCCACAGGUCCUCACGUUCACUGAUGAAUUAUACUGCUUUUGAAUUUUUGUGAUAUGCAUAUACAUUUAACAGCUGGGAAAACAAAAAUGAGAUAAAAGUGUCAA